GAGCCCACUACGUAUCGGGAGGCAAUGAAGUCUUCCCAUGCUAAUCAGUGGCACAUAGCAGCUAAAUCGGAAUACAAGUCCCUCAUGGACAAUAACACUUGGGUGUUGGAAUUUGGCAUCGACUACAAUGUGAUUUUCUCUCCUGUUAUCAUGAUGGAGGUACUGAGACUACUGCUCACUAUUGCAGCUCUUCUUGACUUUGAAGUCCACCAAAUGGAUGUCAAAACAGGAUUCCUUAAUGGCUACUUGGAAGAGGAGAUCUACAUGGCUCAACCGGAAGGUUUCAAAAUCCCGGGCAAGGAGCACCUAGUGUGCAAACUUCUUAAGAGCUUAUACGGGUUGAAACAAGCACCCCGUGUCUGGUACCAAACCUUAUCUGCCUUCCUAGAGAGCCUUGGGUUCCUGAAACUCAUUAAAGAUCGGUGUGUCUUUCGACGCACAGUUGACAACCUCACUUGCUAUAUUGCAGUGUACGUCGAAACUUACUGA